AUUUUUUUGAAGACCUCAUCGAAAUCGGUUAAGAAAUAACUAAAUUAUACGUUUUUGAAAUUUCUCCUACAUUAAUUAUUACAAGUGGCGCCUAAUAUUGUUUACUACGGCAAUCCUCUAAAAGGGCAAUGUACUGAACUUGACCUAGUCUCGAAAAGUAUGAUGGCCGCCAUCGUAACAGCCAAUCAGGUGCGUCGAAUAAGCUUAUUACAAUUACACCUGCAUAGUUCAGUUAGUCACCCGCGAUGUCUUGGUUGGUGUACUUCGCUGCACUAGAUUUUAAGUUAUAAUUACGUAAAAACGUAAUAAUUAUUUUAGUUAAUUAAUUUUAUGUCUGUCCUGAUUACACAGUUUGGCUAUGGCCCUUUCUGUUUUGUUUCUACUUCCAGUAGUUAUGGAAAUUUGCUUAUCUAUGGAAACUUCUAACCGUUGCCCAAUUUAAAUAAACAUAACCAACAAAUUUUACGUAGAAUUUAAAUCAUAAUUUUCUUUCUGAAAAGCCUUUUAGUAAUUAAAUAUACUUGGAAAGAUAGUUGUCGUUUAUAGAAAAGUAACGGGUGGUUUGAGUUAGUAAUAACAAGUGUGUAGUUGAUAAUUCGUACUAGUAAUGAUUGGAAGAAGCUUAAGAAAAAUAUAAAAUUACAAUUUAGUUUUUGUAUAAUUUACAUUAUUAAUUGUAUUUAAAGAAAUGAGUUUCAAUGUGUUUCAUAGUGAUAGUCUAAAAAAACGUGUGUUUGAAACAAAACCAGCUGAUAAGGAUGGGCUUUUGUUAACCUUACAUCAUCGACAAUUGAAUAGAGAAAUAAGGCUGCUUUAUGCAAGUUUUAAUAAGACUGGUAGACUAUUAGCUGUUUCAGAUCACAGUAAAAAUCUUUUCAUACUUGAUGUCUACAAUAACAGAUGUUGGGGUUUUCCUAGUAACAUAUCUUCAACUGCUCUUAAAUUUUCUGAGUUCAAUGAUUAUGAGUUAGUUGUUGGUACAAAUUAUGGUGAAGUACAUAUUUUACAUGUGGAAACAUCUAAACCUAUAGCUACACUUACUGGUCAUACUAAUUCUGUUAAAAGUAUAUCAUUUAUGCCAGAGUUGUUGUGUUUAACUGCGUCCAAAGGGGAAGGCUUAAUUUGGGAUUUUAAGACAUUUUCACGCUUGCAAGUCCUCUCAAUUGAGUCAGGAUGUACUUUGAAAAUUGCAUUAUUUAUACCACAAAAAAGUUAUAUACUGGCAAGUGUAAGUAAUGACACUAUUUUGAUAUGGAAAUAUUCUGAUUUACAAUGUAUUAAGAAAAUUUCUUCAGCUCCGUGGUAUAAAGGAAAAAUCAGUUGCAUAUCCAUUACAAGAAAUGGGAGAGUUAUGGUCUUAGGUGGUUAUUCUAAUUAUCUAGCAGUUUUCUUGCUGGAUGACUUUUCACUUUCUUAUUUUAUCGAACUAUCAAGCUCUGUACGUUCAGUUAAAGAUAUCCAGUUUAUUCCGCAGCCUUUUGACGGUGGGGCCCAUAAACUGCUUACAAUUUUAGCAGGAAACGGAAUACUUUAUUUUUAUGACAUGGAAGCAAACUGUUUCAUAAACCAAAUCAAAAAUGCUCAGGAAAUAGCAAAGUUCAGUAUUUCAUCAAAUGGUGAACAUUUAGCUUGCAUAUUUAACGAAGGAUUUAUGAAUGUUUAUAAACUUAAUUCGUUACUAAAAAAUUCACGUUUCAAAAAAGCACAAACAAGAGGAUCUGACCAAUGCAAAAUUAACUCAUUUAAAAUAAAAGACUCUUCUUCUGUAGAAGUAGAGGUCAGGAAAAUGCUGAGUAUCGAAAAAUUGAAAAAUAUUUUGAGUAUCUUUGGAAAAUACCCAGAUCAUUUUCGUUUACAAAUUUGGACACAGUUGCUACAACUACCAAAGAAUAAUGAAUUGUAUAAUGGUUUUAUAAAUAAUGUCUAUCAACGAUGUUUUCCUGAUCUAGAACGAAAAUAUCCCCUAGAAAAUAAGUUGUAUCUAAAAAAUUUACGCAGAUUACUAUCAAAUUUAGUAACAUGGAGCCCAUUUCUGAAGGAUGUUUCGUAUUUACCAAUAUUUGUAUUUCCUUUUGUAAAAAUCUUUAGAAAUAAUCCUGUCGUUUGUUUUGAGGCUGUUUGCACAAUAAUUAUUAAUUGGUGUCAGUAUUGGUUUGAAUAUUUCCCACUACCACCUGCUAAUAUUCUGGGAAUAAUCGGGAAUUUGUUACUGGAACAUGAUCAGGUUUUAGCAGCCCAUUUGUCAGUUUUAUCACACCCAAAAACAUAUAUUUGGCCAUUGUUAGAAACAUGCUUUUCCGAAGUUCUUACCUCCGACGAUUGGUGUUGUUUGUGGGACCACAUUUUGACAAACGAACCGUACUUCUUACAUUUUUGUGUAGUUGCGUACAAUAUUGUAAACCGUGAAGUGCUCCUUUCUUUGCACUCCAGAGAUGAAUUUGAAUAUUUUUAUCAUAAUGCAAACCCAAUUGAUAUUAAAAAAGUGAUUUCAAAAUCUUAUAAAUUAAUGAAUAGCACAUGUGAAAGAAAUCACCCUAAACAGUAUUUAUAUGAAUUUGCAAAAUUAGAGGAGGGCCAUUAUCCAAAAUGCAUAGAUUCUCCUUCGAUUAUAUUUGUGGAUGGUACAGAUCCUAAAGAACUACUUACAUUAGAAAAUGAAAAGGAGACGAUUCAAAAAGAGGAAGAGCAUUUGGAAGAUAUAAUAAAUAAGACAAAAACAAAAGUCGAUGAAAUUAAAAAAGAGAAAACAAAAAAUGAACUAUUAGAGAAACUGGAAAUCGCUUGUAAAGAAGAAAUAAAGAAUGAACGCGAACAGAUUCAGAAAAGGAGAAAGAAAUUAGAACAAAUGAGAAUGGCUUUAUAUAAGGAAGAAUUGAAACUAUUGGAUGCAUAUCAGGAAAAACUACAAAAAGAAAAUGUGCUCAAAGAAGAACAAAAAUUAACUAAAAUGAGAAAUGAUAUUGAAAAUACUAAGAACAAUGAAAUAUUAGAAGUUGCAAAAGCUGAAAACGACUUUCUUAGGAAUUAUGUCAGCAUUGUUAAACAAAAAAUUAACAUUGAUAGUGCCUUUAGCAAACCAAAAGAACAACAUUCAUUAACACAGGAACAAAUGGAUUUAAAGUCAUUGCAAAACCAAUUGCAUGAUUAUAUAAAAGAGGUACAAGAUGAUAACAAAAGAACCGACUACUAUAAAGCUCUGUGUUUAACAACCAGUAAAAAUAUUAUUGAGAAUUUAAUUCAACGAGUUCAAUUCGAAUUAAUAAGUGAAAAUAAGGAGAAAGACAAGUUAAAAGAAUUAGAAUCUGCAUCGCUAGAUAUUGAAAAAGGGGUUUCUUCUUUAUUGAAAAGUAUUGGAAGCUCAGAAAAUUGUGAUAAUAAGGAAAUAUCAGAAAGUCCACCCCAGUGUAAAAGGAAACAAAGAAAACUAAGGUUUAGAAAAACUCGUUCUUCUGUAAAAUAGCUAUCUUCUUAUUAAACAUGUUCAAUAGUA